UAUGGAUAGCAAAAAGUUCCAACAAUGAUGGACACUACGAGGGCGCAAAUGGCGCGCAAAACUUGGGAAAAUCAGUGACCUUAAGAAAUGGUAGAUUGUUAUCAGAGCAACCCAAAAUAGAAUUCGACACCGUGUUUAGCACAUUCAAAGAUAUUGGACUUGCUUACUAUAAGAUUAAAUAUUUCGUAUAUACCAUGAUGUUUAUUAUAGGGCUGAAUUUAUUUAGGGAAUUAAGCAGCAUCUUUAGUAAGCUGCGUAAAU